GCAUGGCCGAGGAGCCGAGCGGGUUGAAGGGUGAAAGGUGACGAGUUCACACCGCGAGUGUCAUGUCUGCGGCCCGCACUGGAGUCGUGCAGUGCCGAGGGAAACCGGCUCAGUUAAUGGCUUUUGAAACAGAAUUUAAGAAAGGAAAUACACUGUAACUGAGCAUUUGGAAGGACUCGAUAGAGCAACCUCCAGAAAAGCAGGCGCGACUCUGUGUUCCGGGGAAAAAAAUAAAAAGGGUGUGCGUUUCUGCUGCGUCUCUUGCAGGGCGCUGAGCGGAGAUGUCUGAAGGAAGCUCGGGGGACCCCGGCUCUGCUGGAGGGGUGCGCCCCGCUGCCCCGGGGGGGAGGGGGCUGGUGGGCAGAAGAGCCGCAGCUGCCAUCCCCCCCAGCCGCCUGCCCGCCAUCCGAUCCCGAGACCUCACCCUGGGAGGAGUGAAGAAGAAAACCUUCACUCCAAAUAUCAUCAGCAGGAAAGCCAAAGAGGAACAGGCCGAGGUCACCUCUCGGAAGGAGAGAGAGAGGGAGCAGAGGCCCCAGGAUGGGAGGGGGAGAGGCAGGGGCAGAGGGAGGGGCCGCGGGCGUCCGGAUGUCAUCCAGUCCCACUCCAUCUUCGAGCAGGGCCCCUCCGAAGCCGCUGUGAAGAAGAGGGGCGGUUGCUAUGACGGCGCGAUGGACGCUCCCAGCAUGGGCCCCUCCCCCAUCAUAAACAUCAAGAAGGAGAAGAGGGAGACGGAGGAGGAGACCAAGCAGAUCCUGCGCAUGCUGGAGAGAGACAACUUCCUCGAUGACCCCCGGCUCCAUAGCAACCUCCGGAGCUGUCCGGUACAGCUGCCCCUGGCCGUCUCGGGCUGGAUCUUUAAAGAGGAGGUCAAGGGGGAGGGGCCCAAAAAGGAAGAGGAGGAGCAAGAGGGGGAGGACAUGGAGCUGGACCCGCCCCUGGUCAAAGUGAAGGAGGAGCCUGUGGAUGAUGGUGAGGUGAAGAAGGCGGAACCUGUCUGCCAGGCCCCUCCCCUCCCCCCUGAGAUAGGAUUUGCUGAGCUGCUGCAGGGGUGGAGCCAGUGCAAAGGGGAGGAGCUUGUCUUCAUGCAGCUUCCAGACUCCCUCCCGGGGCAGCCGCCCACCCAGGACCAGCGGCCAAUCAAAACGGAGGUGAAGACGGAGGACGGCCAAUCGGUGCUCGUGAAACAGGAGAUGAGCCAGGACGCCCUGCAGGCUGAGAACACCUGCUCCCUGACAGACCUGGCUGAGGGCCAGGUGGGGAAGCUGCUGGUGAGGAAGUCCGGUCGCGUUCAGCUCGUCCUGGGCAAAGUGAAGCUGGACAUCGCCAUGGGGACCCCCUGCUCCUUCCUGCAGGAGCUGGUAUCAGUGGGCACUGGGGACGGCAGGGCAGGGGAUCUGACAGUGCUGGGGCACAUCAGACACAAGCUGGUCUGCUCUCCAGACUUCGAGUCUCUGCUGGAGCACAGGCAGUGAAGGGAGUGGAGCGGGGAGGCACUGGGGUCACCCCUCCCCUCCUUCUCAAGCACGACUCCGAAGGCUGCACUCGGAACAUGUGACCCCUGAGAGGGUGGCACUGCGUGCUCCGCGAAACCCCCCACUCCGAAAGAAACUGCAACUCCAACGCUUGGCCACCGAGUGGCGUUGUACUACAAAGCGAAUUCACAACUGAAAAUGGAGGGGAAGAGAAAGAAAGAACGAGAGGGGCGGAUUUGGGCUGUCGUGUGAAUGAGAUUAUUUUUUUUUUUGUACAUUUUGAGAUGUGUUAAUAUUCAUGGAUAGAUAUAUGAUUGAUUAAAUUGUUGACCCGA